CAUCCCCGCCCCCGCGCGCUGCGGGCCCGGGGCGCUGGGAGGGGAGCCCAGCCGAACGCGCAGACCCCCAAGCCUCCAGGCCCGGGCCUCGGGGAGCGCUAGGCUCAAGAGUUUCCCCACCCCGGGCCGCAGGGUCGGGGCGGGUGUCAGUUCAGGGGGCCCAGGAGGUCCCGGCCUGUGGCCGCGGGCGGAAGCCCCUCUGGGAGCUUUCCCCAGCCAUGGACAGCCCCAGUCUUCGAGAGCUCCAACAGCCUCUGCUGGUGCAUGUAGAGGGAGAGCCCCCUGUGCAGAAGCCUGGGGAGCCUGAGCCGGAGCCUCCCUUUGGAGAGACGGUCUUGGCUGAAUCGCUGAAGGGUUGGCAGUUCCUCUCACCAUCUCUUCCCUCCGUGAGCGCCGGCCUGGGGGAGCCAGGGCCCCCUGACCUUGAGGAUGUGUCAUCCAGUGACAGUGACUCGGACUGGGAUGGGGGCGGCCUGCUCUCCCCUCUCCUACCCCACGACCACCUCGGCCUGGCUGUCUUCUCGAUGCUGUGCUGUUUCUGGCCCGUGGGCAUUGCCGCCUUCUGCCUGGCCCAGAAGGUCACUGGGGAUGAAAAUGAUACCCGCCCAAAUGCAGAGCUGUGGGCGUGUGAAGUGUGUGGCAGAGGGGCCCCCAGACAGGUCAUUUUCUCUCACCCCCAGAGACAGCAGCAGCAGCAGCACUUCUCCUCCCUGGAUGACAAGCCCCAGUUCCCAGGGGCUUCAGCGGAGUUUAUAGACAAGCUAGAAUUCAUCCAGCCGAAUGUCAUCUCUGGGAUUCCCAUCUAUCGUGUCAUGGACCGGCAGGGCCAGAUCAUCAACUCCAGCGAGGAUCCCCACUUGCCCCAGGAGAAGGUGCUCAAGUUCUACAAGAGCAUGACACUGCUCAACACCAUGGACCGCAUCCUCUACGAGUCCCAGAGGCAGGGCCGGAUAUCCUUCUACAUGACCAACUAUGGCGAGGAAGGCACGCACGUGGGCAGUGCAGCAGCCCUGGACAACACCGACCUGGUGUUUGGCCAGUACCGGGAGGCAGGUGUGCUCAUGUACCGGGACUACCCCCUGGAGCUGUUCAUGGCCCAGUGCUACAGCAACGUGAGCGACCUGGGCAAGGGCCGCCAGAUGCCCGUCCACUACGGCUGCAGGGAGCGCCACUUCGUCACUAUCUCCUCUCCACUGGCCACGCAGAUCCCUCAGGCGGUGGGGGCGGCCUACGCAGCCAAGCGGGCCAAUGCCAACAGGGUUGUCAUCUGUUACUUCGGAGAGGGGGCGGCCAGUGAGGGGGACGCCCAUGCCGGCUUCAACUUCGCCGCCACCCUGGAGUGCCCCAUCAUCUUCUUUUGCCGGAACAACGGCUAUGCCAUCUCCACGCCCACUUCCGAGCAGUACCGCGGGGAUGGCAUCGCUGCUCGAGGCCCCGGGUACGGCAUCCUGUCCAUCCGCGUGGACGGCAACGAUGUGUUCGCCGUGUACAAUGCCACCAAGGAGGCCCGUCGGCGGGCUGUGGCGGAGAACCAGCCCUUCCUCAUUGAGGCCAUGACCUACAGGAUCGGGCACCACAGCACCAGUGACGACAGCUCAGCGUACCGCUCGGUGGACGAGGUCAGUUACUGGGACAAGCAGGACCACCCCAUCUCCCGGCUGAGGCACUACCUGCAGAGUCGGGGCUGGUGGGACGACGAGCAGGAAAAGGCCUGGAGGAAGCAGUCCCGUAAGAAGGUGAUGGAGGCCUUUCAGCAGGCUGAGCGGAAGCUGAAGCCCAAUCCCAACCUGCUCUUCUCGGACGUGUAUCAGGAGAUGCCUGCGCAGCUCCGCAAGCAGCAGGAGUCUCUGGCCCGUCACCUGCAGACGUAUGGUGAACACUACCCCCUGGACCACUUCGAGAAGUGAGGCCACUGGCCCCACCCCUGCCCACCUCAGUGGCCCCGAGAGAGAGCCCCACCUCAAAGGGUGGAGCAGCUGGCAGGAUGCUGCCCUCUGCCCCAGGCAGCUCCCUCCAAAGUACUCAGGGGCCAGGGCAGUUCUGGGGGCUCCUGCUCACUAUCCCCGCUCCUUCAGACUGUUACAGUGGUGGGGCUUCUGUCGGCCCCUCUUUGCCUUUUGUUGCAAGGCCUUGGCGAGGGCUCCUGGACUGGAAGCCCUCUGGGCUGCGGGUGGACAUGGCAGUUCAGCCUGUGGAACUUGGGGUGAGAGGUGGUCAGUGCAUGAAUAAACUCUGCAUUUGGCCCCUUGCCA